AUGUCUGCAAAAACCAACGCCAAUGUCAAGGGCGGCGUCAACAGAGGCGACACCUUCGAGAAGCCCCCACCUUCGACAUUCUCAUCCUACGAAAAGCCACCAUUGAGUGCAAUCAUCAACUGCGACGACUUUGAGGAAGUGGCAAAAAACACUUUGGCAAAAAAGACAUGGGCUUUCUACAGUUCGGCAGCAACGGAUUGCUACACGUAUGAAAGGAAUCGUAGCUUCUUCAGCCGUAUCUGGUUCAGACCUCGCAUCCUUAGAAACGUCAGCAAGAUCGAUACCACAACGACUAUCCUUGGUCAUGAUGUUGGCGUGCCGUUUAUGGUGCACCCGGCCGCAUUGGUUAAGUUGGUGCAUCCAGACGGUGAAAAGGGCAUUGCGAGAGGUCUGAGCAAGGAAAACGUGCCAUACUGCGUUUCCAGCAAUGCGUCAUAUCCCAUCGACGAAGUCGUUUCCUCUGUACCAAAAGGCCAACCUUUCUUCUUCCAACUCUACGUAAACAAGGACCGCAAGCAGUCAGAAGAGCUUCUCAAGAAAGUGCGUGCUGCUGGCUGCACAGCCGUCUUCGUCACAGUCGACGCGCCUGUACCAGGCAAGCGCGAGGCCGACGAGAGAGUUUCUGCAGAUCCCAGUACGAACGCGCCCAAUUCAGGCGCGAAAGCCGUCAACGACAAGAAAGGUGGUGGUCUGGGCAGAAUCAUGGGCAGUUAUAUCGACAGCAGUCUGAGCUGGGACGACAUGCAGUGGCUGCGUCGUUGCUGGGAUGGCAAGAUUGUACUCAAGGGUAUUAUGAGCGCAGAGGAUGCCAAAAUGGCUGCUGACGCUGGUGUCGACGGUAUUGUGCUGAGCAACCAUGGCGGCAGGAGUUUAGACACUUCGCCACCUUCGAUCAUGAUCUUGCUCGAGUGCCAGCGACGUUGUCCAGAGAUCUUCGAACGUCUUGAGGUUUAUGUCGAUGGUGGAAUCCGCCGAGGUGCUGAUAUCCUGAAGUGCCUUUGCCUGGGAGCGAAGGCAGUCGGUCUCGGACGACCUUUCCUGUACUCAGUGAACUACGGAGCCGAAGGAGUGGACCACAUGGUUGACAUCCUGAAAGACGAGCUAGAGACAAGCAUGAAGUUGGUCGGCAUCAACAAUCUCUCAGAGGUGCAUCCUGGUCUGAUCAACAGCUUGGAUGUCGACCAUUUAGUGCCUACCGCAGCGGAUCACCCCUAUGCUAAGUGGAGCCCAACGAGGAGACCAAAGCGGUCAGCACGCUUGUAA